AUGUCCGACUCGCACGAUGACCUCGAGAGUCCUCUGGAGUCGCCCUCGCCGCCCACUUCACCAGAGGAGCUUUCCCCUCCGCUUGUCGAUCCCGCUCUCAAUCGCCUCGCAUCACCCCCGCGGACCGUUUCCGACAACUCCAUUCCUGCUACCAUGUCGAAUAUGACGGCCUCCUCCACCCCCCGCGGUACACUCGAUGCCGCACGAAGACCUCCCCCUGGCCCGACGGCUGUUCGUGGUCCAGCGGGAGCAUCGGCCAUGAACCCAGACAUCAUGGCCAAGAUGAGAGCCUUUACACUGUCACGCUCGGGACCAGUUGCCCCGCAACCCAAUCGUGGUCCUGCAACACCAGGAGGAGUCUCGUCCCCAGGACCGGCUGUUGCUGGAUUCCCUCCCAACUUUCGUAUGCCACCGAAUCUCGGUCGACCAAAUCCUCAAAGCAUUGCUUCCUCACCAGCCGUGCCUGGUGCUACCGUCCCACCCAAAGGCAUGUCACUUGCUGAGAAGCGUGGAUUGAAAUUGCCAGGAGGACUCCCUGGCGCUGCACCAGCUGCUACCACAGGUCCAGCAGGGCGAAAGAAACCGGUUAUGAGUUUGUCUCAGAUGCAUGGUGGUGGUCCUGCUGCUGGAGAGGCGGCCGACAGCCAACCGCCGGCUCAGCAAGAGAGCGCCAUGGACAAGUAUGCCGACAUGAUCGACACCAAGACUGGAGCAUUGAAAUUCAAGGGCAAGGCAACCGUGCAUGGUGAUGGCAUCGACUUUACUUCCGGCAAGAGUUUCAGUAUAAGUCUAGACGAAGUGGACACGUUGGACGAGCUGGGCAAGGGAAACUAUGGCACUGUUUACAAGGUCAGACAUGCACGUCCAAGAUUUCGCAAGACGGGACAAGGCCUGGCAGGCAACAAGGCUCGUGGGCCUUUGGCAGACAGGAAUGACGACCAGAGCCCAUCUUCACCGACGAGGGCCGAUGCGUUCACCACCCCAACAGCUGCCACAACCGCCCAGGCAUACGGACAAGGCGGCACGACUGGUAUAGUCAUGGCUAUGAAGGAGAUGCGGUUGGAAUUGGACGAUGCCAAAUUCCAGUCUAUCAUUAUGGAGCUCGACGUUCUCCACCGAUGCGUAUCACCGUACAUUGUUGACUUUUACGGUGCAUUCUUCCAGGAAGGUGCCGUGUACAUUUGUAUGGAAUUUAUGGAUGGAGGGAGUGUGGACAAGUUGUACGGAGAUGGAGUUCCAGAGGGAGUGCUGCGGAAGAUCACAUAUGCGACCACUCUUGGGUUGAAGUCACUCAAGGAAGAGCACAACAUCAUUCACCGUGAUGUGAAGCCCACCAAUAUCCUGGUCAACUCCAAAGGACAGGUGAAGAUUUGCGACUUUGGAGUGUCUGGAAAUUUGGUGGCAAGUAUAGCAAAAACCAACAUUGGGUGUCAGUCAUACAUGGCGCCUGAGCGGAUAUCGAGCGGCGGGAUGGCACAAGCUGGGAGUUCGGGUGUACAAACUUAUUCAGUACAGUCAGACAUCUGGUCCCUGGGGUUGACAAUCAUUGAGUGCGCGUUGGGAAGAUAUCCUUACCCGCCAGAGACCUACAACAACAUCUUCUCUCAGCUUUCGGCAAUUGUCGACGGCGAACCACCAGACCUCCCGGCUGACGCAUUUUCCGAAGCUGCCCGCGACUUCGUAGCAGGCUGUCUCAACAAGAUCCCCAAGCUCAGACCCACUUACCCAAUGUUGUUACAGCAUGCCUGGCUCGCCGUUCUGGACAAGCCGGCAACAAUCGAGGAAGAAGACGAAGAAGCGGCAGAGGAAGCUGCUGCGAAUGGCGAAUCAAUGACACAGGUUGCAUCACCUCAACCUGUAGAUUCAAUCGACGAUGGWGGUUUUGUCGACCGCGAGGUUGGAGAGUGGGUCACUGCUGCCRUUGAGCGUCGGAGAAACGGCACGAUGGGCAAAAGUGCGAAACCUGCAUUGCACGCUGCGCCACUGGAUGCUGUGGGUAGCCCUGCGACGGAGAAGGUCAUGGCCUGA